ACUUUUGGUAUACAUCAGGUUUUUUUUCCAAAGAGACGGAAGAUUCGCUCUCUGACACUACGUCUUUUCUGAGUUCUUUUUACUGGAAGCCAACAUGCUCACUUUACCCAGGAGGAAAGCGCCGCUAUCGACUGAUCUGGACCCCAAACUCUUCUCCCUCCUCCUGACUCUCUGUCUCUGUGCGGACGCUCGGCAGCCCGACUGCCCGAGCUCCAAGUGGAACGCCAUGUGUCGGCCGUGCUGCGAGUACCACCUGAUCCAGUGCUGCUGCCCCUCCAGGGGGUCCGGGGUCGGCUACACCGUCCCCUGCUGCCGCAACGCUCUGGACCAGUGCGACCCCUGCAUCAUCCACCCGGGAUGCAGUCUGUUCGAGAACUGCAAAAGCUGCAACAACGGGACGUGGAAGGCCAACGACGACUUCUUCGUGGACGGGAAGUAUUGCACCGAGUGUCGCCCCGGCUGGAGCGGAGGGGACUGUCGGACGUGCGGAGGCUUCAUUCAGCAGACUCAGGGCCACAUCGGCGUGGAGAGUUAUCCGACAAACGCCCGGUGUGAGUGGACGGUGCGAGUCGGGGGCGGCAGCACCGUCGAGCUGAGGUUUUUGCUGCUCAGUUUGGAGUCGGAACACAGCUGUCGCCAUGACUACGUGGAGGUGCGCGACGGCGCCGAUCUGAGCGCCCCCGUGAUCGGCCGCUUCUGCGGGGACCGGCUCCCCCUGCCGGUCCGGAGCUCCGGGAACGUUGUGCAUGUCCUGUUCGCCUCCGACGGCUACGACAACCUCGACGGCUUCGCUCUGGCUUUUCACGAAAUUUCGUCCGUCGACCAUCCGCCGUGUGCACCACCGGAGGAACCGGCGAACGGAUAUUUACUGCCUGUCCACGGACCGAAGGAGGAGCUGGUUUCUGUAAACUACCGGUGCCAUCCACCUUUCAAGCCGAUCGGCUCCCAGCAGAGGAUCUGUCUGCCGAACGGCACGUGGAGCGGUGCAGUUCCCACAUGUGUAAAAGGCCAAACGAGAAGAGCCCGGUGCUCCCCUCCACCCAAAUUGCUCAAUGGCUACCACCGGGCUGCUCCGGACGCAUUCGGAGGCGCAGAGGUCGUCGGGUAUUUCUGUAAGAACUCCUACAUUCUGAGCGGGAACCCCCAGAGCACCUGCCUCGCCAAUGGAUCCUGGAGUAGCGGGCCGCCCAAGUGCGUGAGAGCGUGUCGAGAGCCCAAAGUUUCUGAACUCGUGCGGCAAAGUGUCGUGAAGCCACGUCUGACGUCGAGAGUUAAUCCAGACGAAAGACUCCGCCUCUCAUCCGGCUACACGGCGGCGUUCCCUCGCGGCCUCCACCCGGUCCUCACGAGCCUGGAGUACACGUGCGCCUCCCCACUCUACCGCCACACGGGGAGCUCGCGGCGCACCUGCCUGAAGUCCGGCAGGUGGAGCGGCCGCCAUGUUUCCUGCUCGCCGGUGUGCGGCAAAUUCGACCCUCCCGGUCCCCACAACCUCACCGACACGCCGUGGCCGUGGCACGUGGCCGUCUACGUGCGCUCGCCCCCCGACGGACCCCGCGGAGCACCCGAGCCCGUCCAGCGGGGGGGGGCCUCGGAGGAGUCCACGUUCUGGCGGCUGGCGUGCAGCGGGGCUCUGCUCGGCCGGCGCGGCGUCCUGGUGGCGGCCCGCUGCGUGGUGGACGAGGACGAGCAGCGGACCCUUCACCCGGCUCACGUGAAGGUUGUCAUGGGCGCCCGGCGGCGGACAUCAGAGGACCGCCGGAGAAGCCCCCGCCGCCUCGAGGUUUCGUCUGUUUCCGUCCACCCGGACUCCUCCUCCCCGCCCCACUCCGGCGUGGCCGUGCUGCGGCUCCGGGUCAAGGCCGGGAUGGACGAGCGCGUGCGUCCGGUGUGUCUGCCCGCGGCGCCGGGUGGCGAGGAGACGCCGCGCGAGGCCUACGCCGCCAGGUGGACGCUGCCGGAUCGCCGCCGCGGUCCCGCCGGCCGGACGGCGCUCGCGCAGCUGGUCGACGUCGCCCGGUGCGAGCGCCGACUCGCCCGAGGGGGAACGCUCGGCGACGACGCGCUGUGUCUCUUCGAGAAGACGCCCGGCCCCCGGGGCUCGUGUCCCGGCGGCGUUCCGGGCAUCGCGACCGCGUCUUCGCCCGCCGGCUGGCAGCUUCUCGGUUUGGAGACUUUCAACUACAAGGAGGAAGAGGAGGAGGAGGAAGAGGUGGACUGCCUCCAGCGUUACACAGUCCACACGCGAAUAGACGGCUUCCGAGACUGGAUAGUGAAAAACACAAAGUAGCCGGUGUCAUGUUCCGCGUGUCGUUGGCGAAGACGCCGGAAAUGGAGUGCGUACGUUUGGAAACACGAGAUCGAGAUGUUGUUGUUCCUGAUUAUCUGUGUCAACAUCCUGUCAGGUGAGAGCUGUUCUCCUGGCUCUCCUGUGUGUGUGUGUGUGUGUGUGUGUGUGUGUGUGUGUGUGCAUGUUAUUGUUCUGUAUUUAGGACACCUCCACUUCAAAUAACUUGGCGUGAUCGUCGAAUGUUGCUGUGCGGUUGCGCAACUCCAAAUUUGAUACAAAAUAUGAAAACAUAUGAAAAUAUAACAUAUGAUAACAUAUGAAAAUAUAACAUAUGAUAACAUGAAAACAUAUGAUAACAUAUGAAACUAGAACGGGCACUCGGUAGAGCGCAUACCUUCGCAUAUCACAAGAUUGGGCAUUGAAUUAUGAACAUUUUGGCAUUAGUUGCAUGCCAAUUGGAUAUAAAUUGACCACGCUAUGGUAAAAAGAAGAGUUUGACCUUUUCAUGACCUUGACCUUUGACCCGAUCGAUCCCUUUAUCUAAUCAAAUGGUCCCCGGAAAAUAACCGAACAUCCCACCAAAUUUCAUAGGAUUCGGUUUUUUAGUUAAAUAAAUAAAUACACGGCGAUCAAAACAUAACCUUCCGCAUUUUCAAUGCAAAGGUAAAAAUAUAACAUAUGAAAACAUAUAACACAUAUAACAUAUGAAAUACGCUCUUUAAAACAUCUUUUAAGUCUCUCCGCCCGUCGUAUUGUUUUUAUUUUCUCUUUUAUUUCCCGGUGUCUUUAUUCCGUGCUCACGGCCAGAUGUUGUUCCUAUUGCCAUCAUGAACCGGUUAUAUAAUACACAAUUAUAUAAGAAAAAACUAAUAUCAUUUUACAGAAGGAGAACAAUUAGAAAGCCAUUUUCGGUCUCUCCGUCCUACGGAUCCGACUCCGUUCUGCCGUCGUGCCCUUGGGCCCGGGCCCUUUGACCUCCGUACGACGAUCUGAAUAAAUGUUUCCAAGAAAGAUGAA